AUGUCUUGCCAACGCCUCUCAACCGUCCAAGGUCUCGCACCCGAAAAGCUCAUCAAACUCGCUUUCAAGUUCCUCCCCUUCCGCACUCUCCAAGUCGUCUUCGCGACGCUUCACCCCACUCAACAUCGCAUCUUGAUGCAACAACAGCGCCGCGGCGUGAGUCUGCACCACCUAGCAAACACACUAUACUACCACCAAGGCGCCACACUGUCUCGCCUGUCGCGCUGGAACGAAAUGUCGAAACUGCAAAUGCAGCAUGAACUCUUCAAACGAGAACAACUUGAUGAACGAGAGGAAAAGAGCUUGAGUAAGUGGGGGUUGAGGAUCAAAUUAGUGUGUGUUAUGGCUGGGGAGAGGAAGACGCGGGAAGAGGGGAAGGAGCAGAGGAGGUUGAAAGAGGAGGAGAUUAGGAGGGCAUGGAUCGCGCAGUGCAGGGUGUAUGAGGAGGAGGAUGAAGGCCGGGGGCUUGAGAGCGACAACGCUCAAAGAAGAGAACAGGGAGGUCGCUACGGAGUCAAGCCUUGUCGAGUUCCAAAUCGAAUUCACCGCGGACCAGAAUACCGCGAUGGCUCGCGCUCUAUGCGAGAAAGACGCGAUGAUCAAGAAACAGGAACUUGGGAUCGAGGCCAGAACUUUGAGGUCGGGCUGCCUUUGUUGGAGUUCGUGCUGGUCAUCGCAGGAGGUCUAUCGGUGUUCAUCAAGAUGUUUACAUCACUCAUCGCAGAGAUCAAGGGCGUGAAACCCUCCAUUAAGAAGAGUACAGCCCAGGUCAAGUCAGCGACUGCGCGAAAGCGUGCCGACGCGGAGACUACAUCAACUUCGACACCACCACUUCGACAGCGCGCAAUCGCUCGUCAUCCGCAACAGCGUCAAGCCAUCGAUAUAUACAGACUUGUCGCUCAAAAACCAGGGAGGAAGCCAAAGCGCUUAGCAAAAUCAUCAUACAAGGUACUGAAGCAACAAGAGCUUUUGGAUGAGGCACGGGUUCGAGGGCUUGAGAUCGACGACGAGGAUAAGACACAUCUCGUAAACAUCUUGAUCAUCGACGACAAGGCCUAUGCCAAGCUAAUGGAGUUGAAGCGCAAACGAGGUGAAGCGGAGGCAUCACAGCAGCACAUUUUACUCGAAGUCAACAGGAACAAGAAUCGGGAUGCGCGCGUCGAGGCUCAGAGGCUGGUAUGGGAGAAGAAGCAGGCUGAGAAUAAGGCUGCCAGAGCCAAAGAGCAAGAGCAGCGGAAACGAAAGAGAAGUAACAACAGCGGCUCUGGCUACUCUUCUCUCCCUAAGAGGUUCGAGUCCAACCGUGCACCACCAGUUCCGCCAGGCUCAAGGAAGACUGGCGCCGACAAGAUACCAUCAGGCGACAGAAAAUCUGUCAAGAUGAGUGCUGCCGACGACAUGGAGGAUACGCACGAUGUUGACGAGGAUGAAGAUGGACUUGGCGACUUUAUCGUCGAUGACAUGCCGCAGAAGCCGAAGCGCAAGAGCGAUGUAGGCGGAAUGGCGAGAAGCAGACUCAUUGCUGGACUCUGA